AUGCCCUGGAUACCUCGGAACACGCCUCUGGAAACUGCCGGAGUCAUUGUACUCGACGGAGAUACUCAAACCGUGCGCAGUGAUUCUCCCACCGAAACCUCAGACAGUGUCCAGGCGCAUCCCGUCGGCAAGGCGAAAGUGAAGGCAUUUUUCAAAAGAAAAAGCUCUAGCCUGCUAUCUAUGCUAAAGACUCGAGGAAGUGGUGAUCGCAAGGGCUUUCGAUCCCUCACGCGAAGAGGCUUUUGGCAGGAGAGUCUGGGGAACCCAGGACGAGAUCCCAUUCCCUUUACUCAAUCCACUACAGCCGAUGAACUCGGGCAAUUGCAAGUUACUUCCAGUGAAUUGGGGACCCGUAGUCCAGCUGCAACAUCAUUAGGCGAAGGAUCUGCUAGGGUAUUAUCGCAGUUAGCAGCUAUAUCACCAUAUGUUGAUCGAGAGAAACCACGACCCUGUCAAGAAAAUAACUUGGAUACCAACCUGACUCUUGACCGCACGGGAACCAAUGACAAAUAUCCAGAACUCGGAGUUCGCCAGAGUCAUUCGACAUCUGGCCUGUCACAUCUGAUAUCCCGCAAAUUCUCAAUGACUUUCGGCCAGCCGACAGUAGUUCAUCGUGCCAACCUACGGUCCAGGCCCGGAAUUCCUACUAUCCCUGGAGCUCCUGUUCUAUCCCCUUCCAAUGCCACCCGAUAUUCAGACCCUCCUCAUGAAAGGGAAAAUGACUCUCAUCCUUCCACCGCCACUCAAAGUGGGAGUGGCUCGUCUCCGCUCAGCCAGUCAACAAAUCCCACAUCUGACGGCUCACCUACUUCACUGCAGUUUAUGAAACCGGUAAAUAUAGACACUAAUAACCAAGCGCAAGUUCAAAGUGUUCUGGUCUCGGCUAGCCAUAGAAAGGAAUUGCCGCGUGCUCACGAGAUACCACCUGUUGUUCCUUCAAUCUUAACAGUGGAGGCUACUGCAACAGCAAAAAUAUUUUUUGAAACGCAUUUCAAUACCAUUUUUUCGGGCGAAACACCACGGACUAAACGACAACGUGAAUUUGAGGAAAGAUUAUACUCAUUGCCCCUCACUUCAGAAGAGCGAGCAAAAGCCAGACAAGGAUGGAACAGGCAAGAAUCUGAGUACUUGCGCCAGGAGCGUGUCCUCAAAUCUCGCUCCAAUUUUCCCAGAAACGGCGAGAGCGUCUCUAUUGCUGGCUACGAGGUCAUUAAAAUCCUCGGGAAAGGCAGUUUCGGAGUCGUGCGACUUGUUAAAGAAAGAAAUACAGAGGCAACUCAAACCACGGCAACAGAGUCCAGAAAAUCAUCUUCCAGGAGUGAUUUGAGUUAUAUAAAAGCUAGCACGAUCGACGUCUUGAGAUCUGCAGUGGAUGGAAGAGGAUCCCGUCGAAGAGAUAUAAGCAAAAUGAAAAAAGAAGUGUACGCAAUGAAAGUCAUUCGGAAAUCUGAAAUGUUAAGGAACUGCCAAGAGGGGCAUCUACGCGCUGAGAGAGAUUUCCUUGUUGCCUCCGAAAAAUCUAGGUGGAUUGUGCCACUCAUUUCGAGCUUCCAGGAUGUCAAUAAUCUGUACCUUGUCAUGGAUUACAUGGUUGGGGGGGACUUCCUGGGACUGCUUAUUCGAAAAAAUAUCCUCUCUGAAGAUGUCACCAGAUGGGAUGUGAAACCAGAUAAUUUUCUGAUAUCCGCAUCUGGGCAUCUGAAGAUUUCCGACUUUGGCCUUGCUUUCGACGGUCAUUGGUCCCACGACCAGUCAUAUUUCAAUAAUCACAGGCAUUCUUUGCUUAAAAAACUGGGUAUUCAUGUCGAAGGGGAUUCCCAGGAUCGGGAAGAAUUUGCGAAGGCUGUGGAACGCCAGCGUGAGAAGGAUCGAAAAAGGUCGUCUGUGAACUCUGGAUCAAGUGAAGAUUGCCCAGCCGAAAUUUGGGGACCUGGCCUGAACGAUGACAUCUUGCGAUGGAGAAACAGAAAGGAAAAGAGGAAGCUUGCUAGAAGCGUAGUGGGUACGAGUCAAUACAUGGCACCCGAAGUUAUACGCGGCGAUCUAUAUGACGGCAGGUGUGACUGGUGGAGUGUUGGCGUGAUUCUCUAUGAGAAACACGCCGAAUCCCUGUACUUUCCGCAUGAAAAACCUUCGGACAGGCUUAUUUCGGCUGAAGCAAUCGACCUCAUUGGACAAAUGCUUCAGGAAAAGGAAUACCGGCUUUGCUCAAGAAAAUAUAUGCUGAAUGACUAUGUUCAUUCAAAAAGACUUCCUGGUGGGCUCCUCAAUUGGCCAUCAGAUAAGCAGAGCAUGAAUUAUCAGGGGUACUAUGUUUAUCCGGAUGACGCUGGUGAUAUUAAAGAGCACCCUUUUUUCAAAGGCAUUAGAUGGGAAGAGCUCCAUUACCGUAAACCACCGUUUGUUCCAAAAGUAAAAAACUGGGAAGACACAAAAUAUUUCGAAGACGAAGAUCCGAUUAGCGAUGUGGAUGAUGGAUCGAGUUAUGGGGAUAAUCACCCUGAAACCGAAGCUCCUGACCUGGUAGCCAAUAACCCGGAUUCAAGUCGCACGGUUCAUGUGAUGGAUAUCGGAGCCCAAACGGAUGGCCCUCAAACUGCAAGCAUGAAAGAAAUAUUGAAACAGAACGCAAGAGCUGGGUUAGAGGCUAAUAUGCAAGAAAAAUGCCACAAGAAAAAGAAAGAGAAGAAGAGACCCAGAGACAAGAUUUUGCGUGACGAAACGAUUGGGCGGCAGGCGCUCAACUUGAGAAAGAGGGGAGCCUUUCUGGGGUAUACAUACCGAAGACCUAAAGAUUUUCUACUUGGAUUUGAGACCGAUCGUGGGAGAUCAUUAAUCGGCUAUGGUGAGCGUUGA